CCCAUUACAUUUCUUCUCCGAACCCUCUGGGCCUCGCCAGGUCCAGCUUCCCGUCCGUACACGCGAAGGAGCUCAUCAGAGCCUUCAAUCUCUUCCCCAAGGAAGAUAUCAACAUCAUCGACAGCCCUGAUUCCUCGAUCUUCCACGAUUCGCCGAGGCUCGUCGAGAAGCGCUUCAAUCUCCCCAACCUCGUCGGCUCCGGAGUCUCCCUCGAGGACCUCGGCCACCAUGCCGGCUACUUUAAGAUCGAGCAUUCUCAUGCCGCCAGGAUGUUCUACCUUUUCUUCGAGUCUCGCACAAACAAGAAGGACCCUGUUGUUAUAUGGUUGACUGGAGGCCCAGGGUGCAGCAGUGAAUUGGCUGUAUUUUAUGAAAAUGGUCCUUUCAAUAUCGCAAAUAACUUGUCCCUUGUGUGGAACGAGUAUGGUUGGGAUAAGGCAUCUAACCUUCUGUAUGUUGACCAACCUAUUGGGACUGGCUUUAGUUAUAGUACCGACAGACGCGAUAUUCGACACUCAGAAGAUGGCGUUAGUGAUGACCUUUAUGACUUCUUACAGGCCUUCUUUGCUGAGCACCCUGAGUUGGCAAAGAAUGACUUUUACAUAACUGGAGAAUCAUAUGCUGGACACUACAUUCCAGCUUUUGCUGCUCGUGUCCACCGAGGAAACAAAGCUAACGAAGGAGUUCAUAUAAAUCUAAAGGGAUUUGCCAUUGGAAAUGGGCUCACUGAUCCUGCUAUCCAGUAUAAGGCUUACACAGAUUUUGCAUUGGACAAUGGAGUAAUCACUAAAACUGACCAUGAUCGUAUUAACAAAGUGCUUCCAGUUUGUGAAAUGGCUAUUAAGCUUUGUGGCACUGAUGGUACAGUCUCUUGCAUGGCUUCAUAUUUUGUUUGCAAUACCAUAUUCAGUAGCAUCCUUGCGCGGGCUGGAAACAUAAAUUACUAUGACAUCAGAAAGAAGUGUGAGGGGAGCCUCUGCUAUGAUUUCUCAAACAUGGAGAAAUUCCUGAACCAGAAACCUGUUAGAGAGGCACUCGGAGUUGGGGACCUAAGUUUUGUUUCAUGUAGCUCUACGGUGUAUCAAGCCAUGCUGGUGGACUGGAUGAGGAACCUCGAAGUGGGCAUUCCUACUCUUCUUGAGGAUGGAAUCCAGCUGCUUGUGUAUGCCGGAGAAUAUGAUCUAAUCUGCAACUGGCUUGGUAACUCAAGAUGGGUCCAUGCCAUGGAAUGGUCUGGUCAGAAAGAGUUUGUGUCUUCUCCAGAAGUUCCUUUUGUUGUUGAUGAUUCAGAAGCAGGAGUUCUUAAGAACCAUGGGCCUCUUAGUUUCCUGAAGGUCCAUGAUGCGGGUCACAUGGUUCCGAUGGACCAGCCCAAGGCUGCAUUGGAGAUGCUGAGGAGGUGGACUCAGGGCACACUUUCUGAAGCCGCGGCGGAACCAGAAAAAAUGUUUGCUCAGAUGUGAUUUACCUCAGAAUGUGACCCAAAAUGGAGUGAUCAGUAUAGGAUAUUAGGGUUUCCAUGGUUUCUCAACGAGCUUGUAAAUAUUUCUCCUACACUGUUGAAGCUGUAUUGAGUGGCUAAUAGUUUCUAGACAAUGCGUUAUCUUUUCAUAAAAUACUUUGAAAUGAAUAAAAGACUUGCUUGUGGAUAAA